AUGACUGAGCCCAAGAUGGAGCAAACAGUUGAAAACAAGGAAAAUUAUGUUGAUGAAACAAAGCUGGGUAUGAAAUACAGUCCAGUAAGUUCACAUCAAAACUUAUCAUCGCCAAUACGAAAACGUCCAGAACGCUCACCUUCACCAGUAAGACGAAGGGCGAAAAUAAUAGCUCCUAAUGAAUCUUACAGACAACAUGCUGCGAGUUUACGCUUGCCGAAUUACUCAUCGUUUUCUUCAUAUAUGCCAAUUGAAAAACCAAAGUAUUCUUCAGUUAGUCUUUGGAUGAAAGAUGCAUUAUAUAAAACUUAUCCUGAACACGCUGCCCGCUCAACUUAUACAUCCAUGUUUGAUGAUAUUGUCAGUGCAGGUCCAUUUUCAAGAAAUUUAUAUUCGACAAGUCGUUUGAUUGAACGCUCUCGUAGUCGGUCUCGAGAACAGCAAGUUGCGACUCGCUUAAGUCGCUCAGAUAGCUACUACAAUCGCCGUACUCUUAACUACAUGCCAGUAACAUAUCGCAAUCGUGAUUUUUCAACACCACCAAUAUCGACCAUACGUUAUGCUCCAUCACGUUCCGGCUCAUUUCUUUCUUUUAUGGAAUAUAGUGGACAGAAGCAACAUGAACUUGCAAGAAGUUCAAGCAGGCUACUGGCUUAUGACGGGUUAAGCCGAACUAGUUCACGUUCUAGCAUUGAGAUGUUUUACAACAGUGGACGACUAUCACGAGUCGAUAGUUACAUACGUGAUAUGGAUCGACGGUUUGAAUAUGACUUCCCAAGUAAUUAUACCAGAUGUAGCACGUUCCGUUCCUAUUUACCUCAAAUUUAUGCACCAGCUGCAGGAUACCGAGUGUGUUGCUCUUUAUUUAUUGCCAAGAUUUCUAAUCAUCAUUUUUAG